AUGAAUUCAGUUGAGCCUGAAGAAGGGAUCCUUGACGUCUUCAAGUUUGCGGCAAAUGCAUUGGCGGAUGCUCCGCCACCACCAGGUUUAGAAUAUACAACCACGGAUUCCUCAGCGCCAUCCAGUUCCUAUGAGCAUGAAGAAACUGCUGGAAGAUCGGAGGAGGCAGAAACCACGGAGUCAUACACAUCUAACAGUGGAACAUAUACUCGGGGUUCAUCUUCCUUCGGCUCUUCGUAUGAUGAAUCAUCCGCAGGUGAAUACCGAAGGGAGGAAUAUCAUGCGUUCGGAAAUCAUUCAUUUGAUACGUUUGCAUCAUACGAGUCUGGUUCGUAUGACGACGAUUCAGAAUCAGGAGAUGAACAUAAAGACCGCAAUUUAGAAGCAGGCGAUGACGACUCAGAGGUAUUCGAUGGUGUGGUGCAACAAGAGAAAGAAUCUUCUACUCAUAGCACGCUUAGUCGGAUCGCAGAUGUCUUCUUCAAGUCGAAAUCACCACAGCAGCCUACCACAUCGCCUCCUCAGCUGAUUAAAGUGGAAAUCGGAGAAUCAGAGGAUGUCGAAGUCACCGCAGAAGACAGUUUCAGAAAGAUGCGUACGAUUUCAAGUGAUAUCCAGGAGAAGAAGGUUUCCAAUGAAAUGGACCAUAGAGGCAAUCGACGAAAUGUCCCUUCCCCGGUUGCCAUAGCACCGAUGAAGCGCAAAUCACCCUCAGCCACAAAAGGAAGAGGAAUGGUGGUCACAACAGAGCUUGUGGGAGACAUGAAGAUGCCGCUUGGCAAACCACCUUUGGCAGCUACACCAAGAUCGACACGAUCGACGCGGCUGGUAGCAGGAACUCCAACGUCAGUAUCGAUGGCGGGAUUAGGCAAACCUCCAUUGAAGCCAUCUCAAGAAAAGAGAAAGUCUUCUUUCGCGUUCCGUUCCAAUAAUGAACCGUCGCCGACAUCAACAAAGUCGCCAGCAGAUGAAGAUGAAUCAACAGGUCAUUCUCGAGGCUCUUCGUUUUCAUUUGGAUUUACAAGUCCCAAAUCUACAGACAAAGCAAGCACUCCAAAAAAGGCAAGCACUCCAAAAAAUACAAACACUCCCAAAAGUACUUGGUCCACUGCACCAAUAGAAUCUCAAGUUAUUGGCGAUGCUGCUGUCGGUCCCAGUGCCAUUGAAGAGAGGGAUCAAGUUGAAAGCGAGCCGCCGCGUAGUACUCGUUCUUCGUCCGAAAGGCGAGAACGUAGUGCAAGCAAUCCAGUAAGGCUUGGAGAUUCAACUGGAUGGCAGUGGGGUUCCAUGUUCUCUUCAGACUUCGAGAGAAGAGAUCCAACGAUCAAAGCAAUGAGCCCGCGACCGUCUCGAGCUAAAAUAGCAACUCCACCAAGGCCAGUAAGGGUGAUGUUUGACGAGCCGGAAACGAGUGUGAUAAAGGAGAAAUCUAGUACGCCAACGCCAAAGCAGCAGGUAUCCCAGCUGCUCAAAGUUGCAAUGAGGUCGCCGAAAGAACUCAAACUACGAGACCAGAAGAGGAGCAGCCCAAAAGUAUUCUCCCCCACGGCAAGGAAAGCCGAUACUACGCCAACAGAACCAGAAAUUGCCCAGCCUAAGAGGAAAGAAAGAUUAUCACACGACCACUCUAGUACAGGUACGGCUUCGACGAAUAAGACAACAAAGGAAGAAAAAGUCUCGAGGCUCUUCGGUUCUCCAUCAAAACAGGAGGAUAUUGAACCAAAGAACCAGCACAAGGAGCACGACCCCUUGGGACCAAGCACAGCCUCAGAAGCAGUCGAGAUGAUUGCCAACCUAUUCAAGGUGUCAUUGCAAGCCAGCGAAAAGCCAAGUGAACAGGAAAGCAAUACCAUAAGCAAAACUGUGAGUGCUUCUGCAAGGUCUGAAGAUAGCGUCAAGGGAGACGACAAUAAGAAAAAGAAGAAAGGAAAGGGGCACAGUCGGACCAUGAGCCACAUGUCCUUCUUUCGAUCGAGCAAGAAGGAGAAGAAAGAGAAGAAAGAGACGAAAGUUGAACACGCUCUGCCCGCCAAGCAGCGUCUUACCAAGAAGAAAGAGAAGAAUGCUGAACAAGCUCCCAAACAUACCGAGCAGAAAGAAGAAUUGAAGGCAGCAGUUGAGGAGAAGCCAGCAGAUAUCUAUGACUUGACAAACUGGCUUUGGUCACCAUUCGUAUUCCCAACUGAUGAAAGUGGAGUGGGACCAAAGGACGAACCAAUUGUGGUAAUCAUGGAGGAUGAUGUGAAGAGCGACAAGAGGAAGAAAGACAAGAAGAUACUGCGAACAUGGACUCGUAAAGAUAAGAGCGACGAGCGUCGCUCUUCUUCCAGAAAGAUGAAAGACAAGAAACAGCAUCCAAGACACGGUGUCGCCAAGAAUCGUUCCACAAAUCAAGACUCUACAAAAAGUGGAAAAGCCCAGAAGCAAAUACUCCUUCAGAGUGACCAUGACAACUUUGUCCCCUCCAUACGUGCCUGGAGUCAGCCAAUGACACCACCCCCUGCUCCCAAAGAAGAAGAGGGUGGCAAAAACUUCCGCACCCACCACCGAAAGUCGUCACUAAAGAGCCGCUUGUUCAAUCGCAGCAGUGGGAAGAAGACGAAAUCCGGUGACGACGACAGCGAUGUCAACAUUGUUUCUUUCACAAAUCCCAAAGGAAAAGGGCAAGAGAUGAUGCUCGUGACAGAUACGGUUUCAAAAAAGUUACACAAGCCACGCAAAUCGCACUCUGCCCUCGUCAAGUCCCUCUACGAAAGCGAUGAUUGA